UAGUUACAGACAGCAAUAUCUAACAACCCGACAGUCUCCAACCUUUUUUGUCCAAUUGCGCAUUUGAUAGGGCUGCCCGGAAAUGACUGCGACUUGGUUUUAUUGCGUGUGUAUGAUGCCUGUGACCUGAACGAGACUUUAUGCUAACGUUAGCUCGUUAGCAAGCCUGCUUGUCCACUGCAACCGGCCCCCCGCUGCGGCUCCGCACCUGACUGCACAUUUAGGAGAAUAACACGAUCGCGAGGAGUCCCAUGAACAGGAGUCUGUAACAGUACGUCUGCUGUGCCGCUCGGAUUGGUUCCUCCGUGUCUUUGCGUGAAGAUGUUCCUGGUGGGGCUGACGGGAGGCAUCGCCUCAGGGAAGAGCGCUGUGUCCUCCAUGCUGCGGGAGCUCGGGUGCCCUGUUAUUGAUGCAGACGUCGUGGCCAGGAAAGUUGUGGAGCCGCACACUCCGGCCUACGCUCGCAUCGUCUACCACUUUGGGCCGGAGAUCCUACUCGAGAACGGAGAGAUCGACAGACAGAAAUUGGGUCAGCUCAUCUUCGCCGACGAGGAAAAGAGGAAGCUGCUGAACUCCAUCACCCACCCGGAGAUCCACAAAGCAAUGCUCAAGGAGAUCCUGCUCUACUUCCUAAGAGGUUACCGCUACGUGGUGCUGGACGUGCCCCUUCUCUUUGAGACCAGACGCCUCACAAAGUUUCUAAACCACACGGUGGUAGUUUACUGCGACCCUGCCACCCAGCUCUCGCGCCUGAUGCAGAGGGACGGCCUGAGCCAGGAGCAGGCCGAGCAGCGCGUGGCCGCGCAGAUGCCGCUAAACGAGAAGCGCGGCCUGGCCAAUCACGUCGUGGAGAACUCGGGCGGGCGCGAGGACACCCACCGGCAGGUGCUGAGAUUGCACACGAAGCUGGAGGACUCCAUGGACUUCAUCUUAGUGAGGGUCAUCGCCAUUGCCGCCACUACCGGUCUGGGCGGGAUGCUGCUGUAUGCCGCCAAGAUACUUUUGUCCUAACGGCAGAGUUGGGAGGAGAGAGGGGGAGGGGUGGGGGGUGGGGGGGAGGUCCAGGAUGCGCGAAUAGAAGCAGGCGACGUCGCACCGGGAGGUCCUCCGGUGCAAUUUACCGUGAGAUUAGUUUCACAGCACCCGCCACUACAGUUCAGUGAAUCAGUUUCGUUGAAUCAAAAGGCACUGACGAAUGUGGUUUAGUGAGCGAAGGUCCGAGUGUGCAAUUUCAGUUAAAACAUGAAUGUGAUACAUUAGAUACAGGGAUCGAGGUUUGGGGCCUAAAAACGGUUUAUUUUGAAGCAGUUCUUAUAGAAUUAACAUUAGUUUUCAAAAGAAAUUAUGUUUUUUCUUCUGGUUUUUCUUGCACCUUUUAUACCCUGUGAAGAUCUCCAAAUGAAACAUUUUGGGUGACAGAUUUCAGUGAUGAAUAACUUUUAAAUUGGUUGCAAUACUCAUGGUAGAGAAAAGGGUUAAAGUGUCCUGAUGCCUCCGCAUGUUGUGAUUGUAUGUUAAUGACCUGCAUGAUGAAGAUAAAUGACAGAAUGUACUCGACAAUCCCUUUUAUAUACAUCGCACUGUAUUUUCUUACACUUAAUACUAAAACUUUGAUUUUGUUUUUCUGUGCAAACUCAGUUGUAAAUAAAACACAACAUUUGAAUAAUUAGUUUAGCAACUGAAAUAUAAAUGAUUUUGUUCUGAACAUUUUA